UUAAGACAAGGAAUCGCUGCCACAGUCAGCUGACUCUCAGCUGGAUAUUGUUUACAGCUGUAAUAUUAAGCUUUAUUUACUUAGAAAAUCUGCCCAUACAAUGAUAGAUUGGGUGACGGUGAUUAAGGUAUUCACAGGAGGAAGAUCCAUACAUAAAGAUGAUUGCUUGCACUUCCUGACUGCCCUGGUGGAGGAUGGUGGCAAGAAGUAAACUUAAUGUGUUAUUUUUGGGAAAAAUAGUUAUUGCUAUUGCAAGUGUGAUUUUUUACUGUGAAUUCUUGCACUACUAUAUUGUUAUAUCUCAAUGUCAGUGGCCUGCAUUGAAUCCAGAAACUGCCAAUCACAAUGUAACUGAUCAUGGAACUCGGCUUCAUGGUAUGAUUCUUGCAGACACCCACUUACUGGGUAGCAUAAACGGACAUUGGUUUGAUAAGUUACGCAGAGAAUGGCAGAUGCACCGUGCCUUUCAGACAACUGUUGCCCUUCACAGACCAAAGGUGUUCAUAUUUUUAGGCGAUCUCUUCGAUGAAGGAAAGUGGUGCACUCCUGGGGAAUUUGAAGACUAUGUGGCAAGAUUUCAUGAUUUGUUUUAUGUCCCAGAAGACUCUCAUGUGCUCAUAGCAGUUGGCAACCAUGAUAUUGGGUUUCAUUACAGCAUAAGUCCGUACCUCGUGAGUCGCUUUCAAUGGGCGUUUGGUGUUGGUGCGGUGAAGCUGCUGCAGAUUGAGGGUGUAACCUUCGUCAUCAUCAACAGCAUGGCUAUGGAGGGAGACGACUGUUUCCUCUGUAAGCCAGCACUCGGCAAGAUCAAAAGCAUAUCUAAACAAUUAAGCUGUGCUGCAGGCAACAACGAUGCUUGUGAACACUGGCAAAGUCCUGAGCUUAAGCAGUACAGUCAGCCAAUCAUCUUGCAGCACUAUCCACUUUUUCGUGAUUCUGAUGCAGUGUGUAACGAGUCAGAUGAAGCACCAGAAGAUGUGAAAUAUAUUAACUUCAGGGAACGAUGGGAAUGUAUUUCAAAAGAUUCAACAGAACUGUUGUUGGAUGAGUUAUCACCCCGGCUGGUUUUCAGUGGUCAUACCCAUCAUGGCUGCCAUAUAAAGCACUUUAACAAAGGAUCAACAAUACAUGAAUACACUAUUUCCUCAUUCUCGUGGCGUAAUAAAAAUAAUCCAACAUUUUCUAUGCUGACUGUGAGUUCCAACAACUACUCCAUCUACAAGUGCCACAUGCCGCAAGAGGCAACAGUGAUCGUAAUUUAUACUGUUGCCGCAUUUGUUUUGAUAGCAUGCAUGGUAAAGAAAAAACUCCAAUCACAGAGUAUUAUAUAUACAAAAGUGUCUAGAUACAUAGAUUAGGA